AUGUUGUUACCCGUCAUCCGAAGGUCGUGCUUGAAGUCGGCUUUCAAUUUUGGGAGUAGCAGCUUUGCCUGUAGGAGCACAAGUGGAGCUGGAUUGUCACCAUUUAAACUUAAGAUGAAUCUUGAUAAUGAUAGGAUGUUUUCAACUUCUUCAAUAAUACUCCAAAGCAUACAAAAGGAGGAGGGGAUACAAGCAGAAAAGCUAAAGAAGUAUCCCAUUUCCAACAAACGGAAGGAAUAUGCGGAUGAGGCUUUUUUAUCCACCCCUUUGAGGAAGCUCUUGGGGAUAUCUAGAAUUAAGAAAGAUGAGUUGAUAGAGGAAGAGAAACAGAAGGAAUCACAGGACAGGAAAUCGUUCAAAGAAAACAUGAAAACCAUAUUUCGAAUCAUUAAGUUGGGUAGGAGAGACUUGAGGCUCUUUUUGUAUGCAUUGGCAUUUAUAUUAUGUGCUGUGCUAUACCCAACUGCUUCAGUCAAGCUUGUUGGAUCAUCCAUCGAUGCUAUAAACCAAAAUAUAAAAGACGAAGAGGGGAACUUGUUGAUUUGGGGGUACAAGGCCCAGACAGUAUUCGCUGUGAUGGUCCCAUUCAUGUGUGUCUCCGCAGUAUGCUUUUGGGCUAGAAUUUGGGUCUUGAAGGUGUUGGGGGAGAGACUUGUCGCCAGAUUAAGACUUCGUGCGAUGAAGCAGUUGGUCAGACAUGACUCUAAGUUUUACGAUAGCGAGAAGCAUAAGGUCGGGGAUUUGAUAUCGAGAUUAUCGAGUGAUGCAUAUGUUGUCUCAAGAUCGAUCACAAGUAACCUUCCAGAUGGAUUGAAAAAUGUGUUAUUCGGAAUUAUAUCGGCUUAUAUGAUGUUCUCCAUUAAUCCACUCCUUUUCGGUGUUAUGUUGUGUAUAUCGCCUCCAAUCACUUUCGGUUCUGUGUGGUACGGUGAAAAGAUCCGUGGAUUGUCCACGAAAUUGCAAAAUGCCUCUGCUGGCUUGACGAAGGCUGCUGAAGAGACAUUGAGCUCUGUCAAGUUAAUUCAAGCUUUCACAGGAGAACAAAAGGAAUUAGCGAAGUACUCUAAUGAAUUGAGAAAUGUGGUAAACGUUGCUAAAACGGAAGCAUUAGCUCAAUCCAACUAUCUGGUUUCAAUUUAUAGUUUAUAUCACACUGGUUACUUAUCGUGUAUUGCCUUGGGUGUAUAUUUGAUCUUACAGGGACAAAUGACCACUGGUGACGUUGUUGCAUUCACGAUGUAUCUGGAAUUUUUCAACCUGGCGUUGUAUUCAUUGACUACUACCUAUAUCGAGUUGAUGAAGGGAUCCGGUGCUGGUGUCAAGUUGUUUGACUUGAUUGACUACAAAAAUGACGUCGAAAACAUCAAGGGUGAAAAAUUAACCAAAGCUGGGCUUCCAAAUAGUGAAGUUGAGUUCAAAAAUGUAACUUUCAGCUAUCCUACCAGAAAAAAUCACAAGAUUUUUGAUGACUGUUCUUUCACGAUUCCCGCUGCGUCAUCCACUUGUAUAGUUGCUCCAUCGGGAGCUGGAAAAUCCACUGUAGCACUGUUAUUAUUACGUUCUUAUAACCUCCAAUCAGGAGAAAUCUUGAUCGGUGGUAAGGAUAUCAAAGACAUUCAAACUAGGGAAUUGAGAAGAAACAUUAUCGGAAUAGUGCAACAAGAACCCGUAUUACUUUCUGGAACUAUCUUAGAAAAUAUUAUAUAUGGGCUAACACCUUUACAAAUUAACAAUUUGACUAUGAAAGAUGUUAUCAAUGCUGCAAAACAGGCUAAUUGUCAUGGAUUCAUUUCGAAUUUUCCUGAUGGUUACGAUACGAUAAUUGGAGCAAGAGGUGCAUCUUUGUCUGGGGGACAAAAGCAAAGAGUGGCUAUUGCCAGAGCUCUUAUAAAGAAGCCAUUAGUGCUAAUCUUGGAUGAGGCUACUUCCGCUUUGGAUUCCAAGCUGGAGAGUCUUAUCAAUGAAACUUUGAAAGAAUUGACAUCCCAGGGGAAAAUAACUAUCAUUUCAAUUGCACACAGAUUAUCGACUAUUUCUAAAUCUGAAAACGUGGUGGUUUUGGGUAAAAGAGGUAAAGCAGUUGAAUGCGGCACUUUUGUUGAACUAUACAGCAAUCCGAAAUCUGAACUUUCUAAGCUCCUCGAUUCAACAACGUCUAAUAUGAGGAAAAAUGUUGAAGGACACUCGGAGGAAGUUUCAUCUACAAAGUCUGAUUCACCAACAGAAGCAUUAUCUCCAUCUCCAGAUAAUGCUCCAGCCUUCAAUGAAGAUGACGAAUUAAAUAGAGUAAGAUCGAUAAUUGAAGACUUGCCCUUCGAGUUAAGACAACAGCUUAUUCAACAGAUCACUGAGCAAAUUGAAAGUGAUAGGAAGGCCGCUGUCAAGGAGGUGCAGGUAAUUCCUGACAAUUUGAGUUAA